AUGAUGUUAUUGUGUUGCAAGGCGAAAGUGCUCAUGCAGGGUGGCUCAGUUGCGAUAGACAGGGUUGAUGCUGCUAUUGCUGCACGCCCCCAUGUUAUUGAUGGCAAAACUGUUAAUCCUGAGCGAGCCAUGCCUACGGACAAGGACCGUGACACACCAUAUGUGUCCACCAAGCGUCUGUACGUAAGUGGGGUUCGUGAGGAUCACACGGAACAGAUGUUCACUGAAUACUUUAUAAUGUAUGGAAAUGUCGUGAAGGCUCAAAAACCUCGUGACCGCGUGUACCUCAUGGGUCGAUCUCGUGGUGAUGCUCCUGGAGGAUGGCCAGGGGAUUGGGGUGAACAAGUUACGGUGGACCUCGAGGAAGUGGUUAUGGACAACAAAGUUAUGAUGGAUAUGGACAGCGACAAGGAUGGGGCCAGCAAGCCGGAGUAUGGACUGGUCAGCCGUGUGGUCACCAGCAAUGGGCAAGCGCUCAAGGUUGCGGCAGAUACUGGUCUACUGAUUGCCGGACUGUCUGUGUCCGUUUUGUGGGUUUCCCAUCCAGUGUUUGAUCUCCUGCUCGUUGUUCUCAUUCUUACUUUCUGCGUUAUAUGCUCAUGUUCUGGUACUUGA